AUGUUUAGGACAGCCGUAAGGGUGACAUCAGAUGUCCAGGAGUGGAUCGAUGCGAUCAACCUAGCGCAACGCAUCGCGAAUUCUAACGGUUACACUGAUAAUGUAACACGUAUGCCAGAUCUUGGUGAGCAGCGAGAAUAUGCCACAGUAGUUGAGUCAAUUAAGAUCAAUUUCUGCCUGCCCUUCAUAACCGACGACUUGAGUAAAGCUAUACGGGCUAGUCUGGUGAAAUGCGGUCUCGAUGACCAAGCAAUGAGGUUGACGUUGGCUUUCUUAACCCUUGUGGGAUGCACCAUGGCUGGGGUGUAUAAGACUCAGGUCUUGAAAGUCGAAUCUCCGCGUUUGAGAAUGAUGCGAGAAGGAACGUGGACUAAGUUUGUCGAAGAGAGAAACGCUAUCAGGAUUGCAAUGGGAAAUGUCGUUCCGCAAGCUGUAAACGACUUUACAGACGUGCAGUACCUUGGGAAUGUUACACUAGGCACACCAGAGCAGGCAUUCACGGUUGUCCUGGACACUGGAUCCGCGAAUUUGUGGAUUCCUGACAGCUCUUGCAACAAUCUUGCUUGCAAAAACAAACGUAAAUUCAAAGCAUCAGAAUCCUCAACAUACAAGAAGAAUGGCCACCCAUGGUCUAUCCAGUACGGAACUGGCGCAGCUCAAGGAAUUCUUGGAGAAGAGACUGUAAGAUUUGGUGACCAAGGUACUGAGCAACUGGUCGUUCCGGAAUGUGGAUUCGGUCAAGCUAGCCAUCUUGCUCCUUUCUUUACUCACGUACACCUCGAUGGGAUCCUUGGAUUAGGAUUUCCUGAACUUGCAGUGGAGGAUGUGGUACCUCCAUUAAAUAAUGCAAUUAAACAAGGCCUCCUCGAUCAGCCAAUUUUCACUGUGUUCCUCAAGUAUGUUGGAGGUGAAGAAAACGUCCCUGGUGGAGUUUAUACGUAUGGAGGCUUGGAUAAGGAAAAUUGCGGAGAAGUGAUUGCCUACGAACCUCUGACGUCCGCAACAUACUGGCAGUUUAAGAUGGAGGGAAUCAAGGCCGGCUACUUUAGCAACAAGAAUGGCUGGGAAGUUAUGUCGGACACUGGAACCUCAUUUAUAGAUCUGAGUCUCGACUUGGUUAUUGGUGGUAAAUCGUACACAAUCAAAGGACGAAAUCUCGCCGUUCACGCAGUUAAAGGAAAUGACGAAAUUUGCGUACUACCUUUCUUCGGCAAGGAUUCAAUGGGAUUCGGUCCUCAGUGGCUCCUGGGCGAUCCAUUCAUUCGUCAGUACUGCAACAUUCACGAUUUUGAGAAGAAGCAAAUCGGUUUUGCAGAGUCGAAGCAACAGGACUGA